CCAACUUGCCGAGUCAUCCGCCAUACGUCGUUAAUAAACAUUCAAUUCCUCACCACAUUUCUGAAAUUCGUUUCCUUCUUCUUACUCAUCCAAAAACACUUCCCAAAACUCUCCCACAGUACAGAAAACUCCCUGCAGCAGGAUCUACGUUUGUGGCGUGAGCCCUUUUCCAACAUCCUGACUCCCGAGAGCCGCCGGAACGUUCGGCCAUAAACAGACCAGGAUUUUCCUGACGUAGUCAAUCCCAGCCCCAAGCAACAAGGUUGCAGCAGUCAGAUUUAUCAUCAGAAGACAUCAGAAAUCUCAUGCGUUGAAACGACUUCAUUUCUCUGAAAUACUUCUCUUAGACAUAAAAUCUGUCUACUUUCUUCCAAUUCGAAGAGUUGGAGAAAUGUCAUCCCUUGAUUACAGCACGUUUUCAAUCGACAACGGAGUUAAGCAUAUGAAAAUGGCACGAUCUUCUACAUUUCAGUAAGUACUCGCUCGUAUCACAUGUACAUACAACAACCAACCCCGAAAACUUCUUACUUACACGUAAAACAGGAAACUUGCAUUGGCACUUGCGCUCACGACAUUUGCUACAAAUACCACAUCGAUAAUACUUCUCACUCAAUCAUACGAUGAAUUGUACGAUUCAUGGAAUAUUGCCCAGUCUUAUGGGUGGUAUCUCCAUGUUUCCAGCGUCUUCUCACUCUUCGGAUUUAUCGGUGCUUUGAGAGUAAGAUCUUAUUCCUUCAUCUGACACCCAUAUUUCUUAAAAAAAAUCUAACAAAAAGCCAGCACAACACACUAUCCCUCAAAAUAUUCUCCCAUUUCCUCAUCGGCGAUGCACUUCUCAGCACCUUUCUCAGAGUCAUGCUGAUCAAUGGAAUCCCCGGAUUUGGCAUCUCAGAUACCUUGUGCUUGAAAUCUGAAGAGACGCCCCUGAGUACCCGCUCCGAAGAUGGAUGUACCAAGAUUGUUACUGCGAAUCAGGUGAUGCUUACGGCUGUUUGUAUCAUUGUUAUGAAUUGGCAGACCUUGGGAGCUUUGGCCUGUAUGAAGCAAGUGCAGGAUUUUAGAGAGAGCGAGGAAGAAGAGAGAGGUACCUCCUAUCGGGAUCUUGAGGAGGGCGUUGAGGAUGCUUUGAUUGUAUUUGAGGGCGAGGGAGCGGAGAAUGGUGAAGGCAAGGUUUGAGUUCUGGGAGGAUUUGAGUAUCUUGGAUUGCCGAGGGUGCACACCAUUUCGAGCUUUGUGAGCUACCUGUUCAAAAGGAGAAAGCCAAGAGAGACUUGGUGGAGGGUAGGAUAGAGGGGAGGGAAGCCACUGCUGGGUGCUAUUUGAGGCGUUUUUGCGAUGCAGAAGUGUUGAAAGGAAGAGCGAGGAGGGAUGAAAUGGCAACCUCACCAGAGGCAUGAAGGUAAUGAAUAAUGAAGCUUGCGCGAAUUAAAUUGUCUAGAUGCAAUUGUAUAUUAUAAACAGCAUAGUAGAUCCUCGAAACCCGGGAAAAACGUCUGACUUUAAACUUGUAAAUAUACCUGCAACUCAGCUCUGAGACUCCAAUAUAUUCAAG